CAAAAUGUUUGCUUACCAGAUUGGUAUAACUGCUACUAUAUCCUUUUUAUAUUUGUCAGCAGAUUGCUUGGAUAUAGGUUCAGAAAUUAUCGGAGGUAAAGACGUUAAGCCCAAUUCAAGACCAUGGAUGGCCUCUAUCCAAAUUGGGAACUUUCAUACCUGUGGAGGUGUCUUGAUCAAAGACCAAUGGGUUUUAACAGCAGCACACUGUUCUAAGUCGUUCAAAGAUGAGACUGUGGUUCUUGGAGCUCACAACCUCAAAAAGGAAGAAAAAUCUCAGGAAAGGUUGAAAAUUGAGAAAACUGUCAAAUAUCGAGGACCUGACAAGGAUCCAAAAUUAAAAGAUAUCAUGCUGAUUAAGUUGAAAAGAAAAGUAAAACUGAACAAAAAGAUUUCGACUCUGAGUCUUCCAAAGUCUGGGAAAGACAUCAAGCCUGGAGUGAAGUGCAAAGUUGCUGGAUGGGGAGCAACUGUCAACAAGGCCCCUAAAGGAUCAGACACACUUAAAGAAGCAGAGGUGAUAGUUAUAGACAGGAAAGUCUGCAACAAGUAUUACAGUGGAAAUCCUAAUAUAACUAAGGACAUGUUAUGCGCUGGUGAUAAAAAAGGAAAAAAAGAUGCAUGCAGUGGAGACUCUGGUGGUCCACUCAUUUGUAAAAAUACAUUCACAGCAAUUGUCUCUGGCGGAAAUAAUUGUGGAAACCCAGAAAAGCCUGGUGUUUACACAUUUCUUUCAGAUAAAUAUCUAACCUGGAUUUCCAAGACUAUCCAAGAAAAUGCUAACAUUACAAAAAAUCCAAAGAAAGCUGACAGGCACAUAGCUUCCAUCACCAGGUCGUCAAAUGGGUUGAAACAUCCUGAGCACAAAAUUGAAAUUAAUUUGGAAAGAAUGUCUGUAGUCAUGGAUGGAGAUGACGGGGGGAGGCGCACUGCUGAGAUAGAGACAAUUUUCUGUGCGCAGAAUGAAGACAAUGACGACCAACCUGUAGCGUUGGAGGACCUGGUAGAUGGAGAGAGUGCUGAUGACAUGUAUUCUCUUGUAGAUGAGAGUUCAGAAAUUAUCGGAGGUAAAGAUGUUAAGCCCAAUUCAAGACCAUGGAUGGCCUCUAUCCAAAUUGGGAACUGUCAUAUCUGUGGAGGUGUCUUGAUCAAAGACCAAUGGGUUUUAACAGCAGCACACUGUUCUUGGUUAAAAGGUGAGAAGACUGUGGUUCUUGGAGCUCACAACCUCAAAAAGGAAGAAAAAUCUCAGGAAAGGUUGAAAAUUGAGAAAACUGUCAAAUAUCCAGAAUUUGACAAGGAUCCAAAAUUAAAAGAUAUCAUGCUGAUUAAGGGAGACUCUGGUGGUCCACUCAUUUGUAAAAAUACAUUCACAGCAAUUGUCUCUGGCGGAAAUAAUUGUGGAAACCCAGAAAAGCCUGUUGUUUACACAUUUCUGUCAGAUGAAUAUCUACCCUGGAUUUCCAAGACUAUCCAAGCAAAUGCUAACAUUAUAAAGUAAAAGAAAAAAAAAAAAAACACGUGUGAAAUAUGUAGUGCAUUUGUGAAUCAAAAAAUAUAGAAUUUGAAUAUUUUCAUAUCUAAUUGUUUUACAUUAGCACAUAUUUCUAAUUGUAAUUUAUACUGAAAGUUCAGUAUAACUGUAAUCCAAGGUUUUAAAAUCCAUUUCUUGAAGGCCUUUUACUUAUUUUAAUUCAUGUUCUACAGAUUAUUCAAGUACAACAAUGUUGUUCAAAAACAAUAAACAUGUUUCUUGAUGGAAUAUAAUCACUGCUUGCAGUAACCAUUCGAGUGAGAUCUAAACCACAGGAAGUGAUUUUGUACCAGGAAGAAGCAGAUAUUUACUUCUAGUGUUGACUUUUGUAUAAAUUGCAUAAAAAAAGCUAAAGAUCUUCCAGUGCUCCUGUUAUUAUUUUGUAAUGCUACACAUUUCUUCAUAUAAAACCACCCCCUCAGCGCUGCUGCUAUAGGGCAAAACUGAUUUUUUGGAUAUGUUCAGAUGUUUUCAAAGGGGAUUAAAGGACAAAGGUGUAGAAUAUUUACCAAUAGUUUAUGUUAAGUUUAAAAACUUUUUUUUUUCAAAAGUAGUUUUUUGCAAUGUUUUUUGCUGUUCACUUAGCAAUAAGAUAGUUUGGCUUUUGCUGUUCAGAAUACAUUAUAAUAUAAUUUUUGCACUUUACAUUGCUGAGGUGAAAAUAACAGGAAAUGAGUUGUGUUAACUGUGGUUAGAAGACUAUCCUCUCUCUUUUUCACACUUUUGUCUGUUCAUUAUUUUAGUUAUUUUAGAUAACAUCUUCACUGCAACUUAAAUGUGAAAAUGUAAUACCUAGAAUAAGUGUUAAAG